AAGUCUAUGGGAAUUUGACAGUGACAGCUGAUAGAAGUUCAUUGACAUGAGUGACAAGACAAAACAAAAUGUCUUUCGUGUUUUCAUUUAGGAAUAUUUAAAAUAUUACAAUGAUUCCUAGCUUCCAAUAGCUAUAUGAGUAUUUCCGCAUUUCCAUACAGUACAGGUUUUUUGGUUAAUUGUUUUGAGGUUAUCCCGGCCGCCAUGGAUUCUUGUAUCGGAGUUGAACAAGAUUUGGACAAAGCAUUAACUAAAUUCAAUGGUUUACAAGAACACGCAAACAAGUGCCUCGAGGAUGUUAUUAAGCAGGUUGAAGAGCUAAGGAAAGAAAUAGCUAAUCAGCCUGCAAACUCAGCGCUAUCACAAGAACAGUCCGCAGCCGUGUGCGAGCUAGUGGCCUCCAUCAAGCAAAAUGUUUCAAAUCUCUCUACAGAUCACAGAGAGCUGCAUGCGACCGUGUCCCGCGUGGGCAAGUCCAUCGACCGUCACUUCAUCGCCGACUACGCGUCCGUGGCCCCCAAGGCCGAGAGCUUCUGCAAUGAUGCCAAUCGGCCUAUCAUGGAGCAGGCCAUAGCGCAACAUCUAUACCGACAGGGUCUUGAAGAGGCCGGUGACGCAUUCGUGGCCGCCUCCGGCUGCGGGCCGGUGGCCCGCGCGUGCACGUUCGCGUUGCUGCAGCGCUGCGCCGCUGCCCUGGCCGAGGGCGACCCUUCCGCCGCUCUAGAGUGGGCGGAGCGCCAUGCGGCGGACUUACAGCACAGUCCAUUGCCCUUUACUUUACAUCGAAUGCAGGCGCUCAAGCUGGGGCGCGAGCAAGGCGUGGGCGCGGCCAUAGAGUACGUGCGCGGCGUGUUCCCGGCGCACGCGGCGCGGCACGAGCGCGCGCUGCAGGCGGCCGUGUGCGCGCUGGCCUGGUGCGCGCCCGGCGCGCCGCCGCCGCCGCCGCACUACCGCGCGCUGCUCGACCCGCGGGCGCUGGGCGCGGAGGCGGGCGAGCUGUUCGUGCGCGAGGCGUGCACGCUGCUGCGGCUGGCGCCGCUGUCCCCGCUGGCCGGCGCCGUGCUGGCGGGCGCGCGUGUGCUGCCCGCGCUGCACGACCUGCGCGCCAAGAUGACGCACCCGCACGUCGUCGCGGCCUGGGCCGACGAGGAGCUGCCGCUGGAGGUGAGCGUGUGUACAGGCGCGGAGGCGGAGCCGUGCGUGCGCGAGGCGUGCACGCUGCUGCGGCUGGCGCCGCUGUCCCCGCUGGCCGGCGCCGUGCUGGCGGGCGCGCGCGUGCUGCCCGCGCUGCACGACCUGCGCGCCAAGAUGACGCACCCGCACGUCGUCGCGGCCUGGGCCGACGAGGAGCUGCCGCUGGAGGUGAGCGUGUGUACAGGCGCGGAGGCGGAGCCGUGCGUGCGCGAGGCGUGCACGCUGCUGCGGCUGGCGCCGCUGUCCCCGCUGGCCGGCGCCGUGCUGGCGGGCGCGCGCGUGCUGCCCGCGCUGCACGACCUGCGCGCCAAGAUGACGCACCCGCACGUCGUCGCGGCCUGGGCCGACGAGGAGCUGCCGCUGGAGUUCAUAAACCUGCAGGUGGACCUUGGUGAGGACGGCGGCGGCUACCACUCGGUCUUCGCCUGCCCCAUACUUCGCCAGCAGGCAUCGGAGCACAACCCUCCCAUGCGGUUGUUAUGCGGACAUGUCAUCUCCAGAGACGCGCUUAAUAAACUCGCCAUGGGCGUCAAGUUGAAAUGCCCGUACUGCCCGAUGGAGCAGUCCCCGUCGGAAGCCCGCCAGAUCUACUUCUCCUGAACGCGCGUUGUCUCCACAAUAAAGUAUGCAAACUACUCUUUAACCACCACUGUCGGCCAGUUUUGCCAACCUGACAAUUGUACGGAAUUGUCAUUGUCAUGUGACAAAUGUCAGCAUGGCAAAAUAGGGAUCUGGUCAGUACUAAUUAGAAGUAAAAGUCUUUUAAACGCUUCUAAUAUGUAAGACUUGCAAUAUCCAGCUCAUUUCGCGGCAGUCUGAUAAAUAAGACACAAGCACGCUCAAUGAAAAAUUCUAAGCGGUUAAAACUUGAAGAAUUUAACAACAGGAGACGCCUUGUCUGUAAUUUUCUGUACAAAGCAGUCUGCUGAUUUUUGCGGGGGAGGGGCACGUCAAAUGUAUGGCUAUUUUCGUACAUUACGUACAAAUAGCCAUGUCCAUACAAUACAUAUGACCAUUGGCCGAGGUUUUCGGCAGAGGGGUAAGCUCUUAAAGGCGACCAGCUGUUAAAUCCUCCAAGGGUUAAAAGGUUAAGUGUCAUUGGUGCAACUAAACGCAGCUGAUUUGACUUAUCAGUAAGAUAUAUUGUUAGUCGUUUUUGUAGGACGCUCUUCAGACGCCUUAUACGAGCUAACCUUUGGCUGCCAUUUCGAUUUUAAAUUGCGCUGUAGCUAUUAUAUACACUUAGAUGCAAAACUGUCCCAAUAGUAGCAUCUUAGUACAAUGUGGAGAAGUUGAUGUUGAUCAAGGGGAGGGGCACAUGGUUAAUACAUAACAGUACUCCUAAUUUUCUACAUAUCGACCUAACAUAUGAUGUGCUUGGCAUUUACGGUUAUUUUGUAAUUUAGAAUCGAAAAGUAGAAAAAAAACAUUUUUAUUUUUUACAAUAUUUUUAUUUCUUCGCAUUGAAACUCCAAAAUACAUAAUUUGUGCCUUUAUAAAAUCAUCAUGAAAUUAUUUUAAUGGGGCGUAUUUUUGAAGUUACUUUUAGGUGACUUAUAGCUCGGUGCAAAAAUGUACCAUUAAAAACAGUUAUAGAAAGUGUCUGUUAGUUUAAUGUCAAAGACGACUGUUAUUCUGCCAUAACUACAAAACUAUGUUCAUGAUUCAAACAGUUGAUACCUCAUUUUAUAUCAUAUGUUAGGUCGAUUUGUAAGAAAUUUUAAGGAGUACUGUUAUGUAUUAAUCAUGUGCCCCUCCCAUUGAUCGACAUCAACUUCUCCACAUUCUAAUAAGAUGCUACUAUUGGGACAGUUUUGUACCUAAGUGUAUGGAAUCUAAGAAAAUGGUGGAAGAUGAGACUUGAAAUUAUGAAAAAAUAGUCAUACGAACGAAGAAAAUUAUCUAAAAAAGAUAUGGCUUAAAUAUUUUUGUAAUAAAAUUAAACUUUGUAACUUAGCAGCGUACAUGUUUGUACCAGUUUAAGAUUAUUCAUAAAAGAAGCAAUGGAGUCUAGGCUCUAGUUGGCUAGAAAUUUUUGAAUUUUUUUAAUGUUUUGGCACUGAUAUUUAGGGUAGCCUACAGCCAAAGAGAAUUUGAAGUAGAGGUGGAUUGUCAAAGAAAAUUUUGUAGCCACGUAAAUUUACUUCCAUUUUUCGACACAUGAUUAAAACUUUUAGAACGCCAUUUGACUUUGAUCCUUAUUUUUCACUGAUAUGUGUUAAAUCUGUUAAAUAUCAAAAAGUGGCGCCAUUUAAUACAUCAAAGGCCAAAGGUAUGGCGGCAUCGUUUCGAGCGAUGGCGCUAUAACCUUUGGGUUAUGCCCGGUAUUACGUGGCUACAAAGUUUUCUUUGACAAUCCACCUAUAUUGCAAAUUCUCCUUGCCCCAGCCAGUGUCGUAUAGCGGCCGUAAUUACAGCGGUCAAUGACGUCACUAGAACGUUGUCUGUGUAAACAAAAUGGCGCGGAAAUCCUAGAGGGCGAUGAUUGAAGGAUCAUUAUUUUUGCGUCCGUAAUAUUACGGCCGGUAUAUGACGGCACAGCUAUCCUAGGAAACCAAAGCUCUACUCAUGAAAUUAUGAUAUAAGCCAAAUUAUGCUUGAAAAUUUUAAAUAUAAUAUUUUUAAAUAAACGGCAAUGUCUCCCUUAUUCAUGAAACUUAGCAAACUUUUGUUAAAUUUUGCCCCUUUCUAACAAACACAAAUGUCAAAAUGACAGAUAAAGACAAAGAAUUAUCGUUUAUGAAUAACGCCAUAAAUCAUUAUGGUGUAGUUUAAACUAGUCAGACCAAGCUAAGUUGGCAGCGAUUGUCUGUGCUAUCAAAAUCAUUGGUCUGACUCUAUUGCAUGGAGUGUUUCAUAUUUAUACAAAUUAUUAUUAUUUAUUUCAUUUUAAUAUAUCAGUUAGAAGUGAAACAAUUCAACAUCAAAACAUUGCAAUAUGGCUUGUAAUAACAAUGAAGUAUUUAGGUAUUAAUAGGUACUCUGUUCUUUUAGUUAUUCAAAAAGAAAACAGGCAAUGACUUAGUCAAACACUCAAUAAAAUAAGACCGAAACUUACAAAAGACUUUUAUAUAUUCUCUUGUUAGCCAAAAGAAAAAGUCAAUAGAUUUUGUUGACAUCGCUUUAAAUGCCUAAAAUAACAGACGUAUAAUAAUAGAGACAGUCUAUGAUAUAUGUAUAAUAUUUUAAUUAAUCAUAGAUCUUUUAACCAUUGACCAUAAUAGCUGGAGAGCCGGCGAUAUAUACUAAAUGUGUAGUUACUCGAGCGCCGUAGAGACCUAUUGGAAUCGAAUGAUUAGAUGAUAGGAUGUAAAAAAGGUUGUAUAAAGUUUUCGUUUCCAGCGAGCAGCAAAGCGUCCACAGAUUUUUAUUAAUUACGGGGGCUGGUGGAGGGUUAAAAAAAUCUUUACGUAGAUUAUGGAUUUAGUCGUCUUGGUCCACGUUAAUGCUUCUUUCUAUGACUUAAUCUGAGAGUUAGUUAUUUAGUAAUAGCACAAUUAUAGCAUUAACUUGGACUAAAAUGACCAAAUCCACAAUCUGCUUAACGAUUUGUUGAACCCCCACCAACCAACGGAUAAACAUAGACGGCUAAAAGUGUUUAUAGUAGGCUCUAAGGGGUAACAAGAUAUCACUCAUAUCUUAAUGUAACGCGCUCGAGUAACUACAAAAAUCCCCUCUUGGGCUCCCCAACCAUAUGUCGUCGAAUAACAAAAUCGAUGAUAAGAUGAUUUUCCGUCGGGGUGAAUAUUAUAUUUGCGCCCUUCGUACUCUUAAGAGUGGUAAAAUCAUAUUAUUUUUAUACUUAUCGAAUCGAUGUUUUAAUAAUAGGGAGUAUUACUUCAAGUUCUGCCGCCAGAGAGCAGCACUUUCACAUCACCAUAAACCAUGGAGUAACUUAUAUAUACUAUGCCUUAAACAGUUUUUUGAGAAGUAUGGAAGGUGGAGGUAAGGAAUUAAAUCUUCAUGUACCAAAAAGUGUCAUCAAAAGCUAUACCUAGAAUACUCGAAAAAAAAAAUCAAAUCAUAGACAGCGCACUUCACUCUGUCAAUAACGCCUAGGUUCUUAGCUACUCUAGCGCUACUCUGGAGAGAUUUGGAACUAUUAUUUAUAGCUGACAGCUGGACACUUUUGCAACAGUUCCACCAUAAGAGAUUUCACUCCUUUUCAAUCCACACUCCAUAUUGAGAAGUUUUUACUAUGACAUUGAUGCAUCAAAGUGGUUUGUUUACAGAGGCCUACCGCGAAAUGCGAAAAUCGAAAUUUCGUUAUCUGGCCCCUUUAUCGCUCGAAUAUGCAAGAGUAAUAGAGAGGCAAAUAACGAAACGUGGUAAGAAUGUGGUAAUGGCGCCCUCUACGCAGCGUUUUGCGUAAUAUCCCCUAUUCAACUAUGAAUCGCGCCGAAACUUAAUUUGUAUAGCAGAUAGAUGUAUGAAGCCAAUUAAACAUUAAUAACUGAGCCUAGUUUAACUGUAAGAUAUUAUACUAUGUGGUAGUUUAUAGCUAUUUGUUUUUUUAUAUGAAAAUGGUGGUAGCAAUGAAAGGACAGUUAAGAAAAAAGAUAUAUGCAUUAGGUGUACACUGGGUUUUAUUUGGAAUGAAAUUAGGCCGAGUUUACACUUAGCGUAUAAACAAUUUAUAAACGAAUUUUAUAAACAGACGGAUACAAGUUUAUAUACAGUAAGGUUGUGGAAUUAUAUCUAGACAUUUUAUUGUAAUGCAACAAAUGUACGUAGAGAAGCGAAAAUAAAAUAUUGAUGCCUACUCAAA